AUGAAGGUCCUUUCUUUCGCUGCCCUCCUCGCUUUAGCCAACGCCUCUGUCGUCACCAAACGUGCCUCGCCUCUUGAUGUGAAGCUUGAGCUGACCGGUAGCACGGCUGUCAAGGCUGCCAUCACCAACACUGGCUCUGAGGCUAUCAAGGUCUUCAAGACUGGCUCCAUCUUCGGACAGCAUGCCACUGAGAAGGCUCAGGUCUUUCAAGGCAGCUCCAAGGUCGCUUUCGCUGGUAUCAAGGUUCGUGUGACGACUGAGAACAUUCCCGAGGAUUCCUUCCAGGUCAUUGCCCCGGGUGAGACUGUCGAGACUUCUUUCGAUGUCGCUGAGUUGCACGACCUCAGCAACGGCGGUGCUUUCGACAUUGCAUCGGUCGGUGCCUUUUCUACCGCCGCCAUCGACUCCACCGAGAUCACUGGUGCUGUGGAGUACACUAGCAAUACCCUCACCGCCAACAUCGAUGGUGCCGAGGCAGAGAAGGUCCGCCGUGAGUUUGUGAAGCGAUCUGCUGUUCAGGCCGAUUGCACUGGCACCAAGAGGACUUCCACUGUUAACGCUCUUGCCAAUUGUCGCACCCUCGCUAUCGCUGCUGCUUCUGCUGCUGCCUCCAACACCGCAAAGGUCAACGAGUACUUUAAGUCGACCACAUCCAGCACCAUCUCAACUCUCCAGACCGUCUUCAACAAGGUCGCCACUGAGUGUGGCUCAUCCACCUCCGGUGUCUCCAAGACUUAUUGCACUGAUGUCUACGGCAACGCCUGCUCUUCCAACGUUUUGGCUUACACCCUCCCGUCGGGAAGCUACAUUGUCAACUGCCCUCUUUACUUUAGCGCCCUCCCUGCUCUUACUAAGUCUUGCCACGCUCAGGAUCAGGCAACGACCACUCUCCACGAAACCACCCACCUUAGCCAGAUCAAGGGCACUGACGACUUGGGCUACGGCUACGCUGCCGCCACCCGCCUCUCUACCGCCUCUGCACUCAACAAUGCUGACAGUUACGCUCUGUUCGCCAACGAGCAUGCCCGUAAUGAGACUGGUCGUCUCUACAAGGAUUUUAUCGAGCUCAAUAAGGUAUCAGGCAGAUAG